GACCAACAACAUCGCAUCAAGGCUUACCGCUUCGUCGCCUACUCGGCUGUCACCUUUUCCGUGGUGGCGGUGCUUUCCGUCUGCGUCACCCUGCCCAUGGUGUACAACUAUGUGCACCAUAUGAAGAAAGUCAUGCACAACGAGGUUAACCUCUGCAAGUCGUCUGCUAAGGAUAUCUGGAGCGAAGUGCGCAGUCUAAAGGACCUCCCCAACGUCAACAGAACCGCCCGUCAGGCUGGAUACGGUGACGCUGGAGUAUCCGGUGGAAGCGCCUCCGCUGGUGGAAGCCACUGCGAUUCGUGCUGCUUGCCCGGACCAGCUGGACCAUCAGGUACUCCCGGUACCCCAGGUCGCCCAGGAAAGCCAGGAGCGCCUGGACUACCCGGAAACCCAGGACGCCCACCACAGCAGCCAUGCGAGCCAGUCACCCCACCACCAUGCAAGCCUUGCCCAGCUGGACCACCUGGACCAGCAGGACCGGAAGGACCUCAAGGAGAUGCUGGAGCACCCGGACUUCCAGGAGCUCCUGGACAGGACGCCGCACCAGGAGAGCCAGGACCAAAGGGAGACAGUGGACCACCUGGAGUUCCAGGAGUGCCUGGAAAUGAUGGUGAGCCUGGAGUUGAUGCUGUUUCUGAGGAGCUUGUUCCUGGAGAGCCUGGCCCACAAGGAGAAGCUGGACCACAAGGACCACCUGGACCUGAUGGACAGCCUGGAAGCGAUGGAGCACCUGGAGAACCUGGACCAAAGGGACCAAAUGGAGAAGAUGGACAGCCAGGAGCCGACGGAAACCCAGGAACUCCUGGAGAAUCCGGACCAGCUGGCACCGCUGGAGAACCUGGAAUCUGCCCCAAAUACUGCGCUAUCGAUGGCGGUGUUUUCUUCGAAGACGGAACUCGUCGCUAAGCAAAGUUUUGCCGACCAGUAUCGGCGCACAAAUCUUUACAAUAAAUCACUUGACUCUCAA